AUGGACCGGGGAAUUAACAUGGAGCCGAGGGAAAAUUCGAGCACUGUCCGGCAAAGGGGAGGAGAGUCGGAUUUCCUGUCCUCGGCCGUCACUUCUGCAAAGGUCCCGCCUCCUUCCAGCUGCACCGGGGAGUCCCUGCUGUCGACGUCGGGCUCCACAAAAGGCAUGACAGUGGGUGGCAACCGUAUGGAGCCUGAGGAAGAGGACGAGCUGUGUUCUGGAAGAGACGUGGAUUCCACUUCCAACGCGGACAGCGAGAAAUGGGUGGCCGGAGACGGCCUGGAGGACCAGGAGUUUUCCAUCAAGGAAGCUAACUUCACCGAAGGGAGUCUUAAGUUGAAGAUCCAGACUACCAAGAGAGCCAAGAAGCCCCCCAAGAACCUGGAGAACUAUAUAUGCCCGCCCGAGAUCAAAAUCACCAUUAAACAGUCCGGGGAGCAGAAACUUUCCAGAGCUGGGAAAAAUAGCAGAGCACCGAAAGAGGAGGACAGAUCGCACUCCAAAAAGAAGGUUUAUGACCGGCUGCAAAAGCAUGCUGCUGCACACUACAAUCCAGAGCACCAGCAGGACUUCACCAGUGACACCUUAAAAUCAAGGCACCAGCAAAAAAGCAGCAACCAGCAUCAUCUCGACUGGUCGGCGAGCUCUGAAUCUGGUCCGGCUUCCCAAGCCUGCUUCAUCGAACCCGAGCCAAAUCGAGAAGCCAGCAGCUCCGCCAAGACCCCUGCCUCGGAGACCACAGUGUCUUUCAGCAAAUCCCAGUCUAAGAAAUCUAAUGCCAGCAACUCGUGGGGUCAGUUGGCCACCAGUAAUAACAAAGACCAUACUGUGUGCAGCGUGGUCCCAGGAUCCAGUGCCCUUGGUGUAACUUCCCAGUCUAUUAAUCCAUCUGAAUGCAAUGGCUUUUUGCCACGGUUGAGCCAAGAGGGAGGGGGACAGAUGGAAGCUCCUGACCCACCCACUGGCAGCUCAAAGAAAAAAUCCAGUAAAAAAGAUUCAAUCAACCAAACCAUCCAACACGCAGACAUAGAAUGGGUGAAAAACACUCAGAAGUCCUUUGAGGCCAAAACUCAUGACAGUAUGGAAGGGAAAAAGGAAUCUGGCGCGACCAAACCAUCGCCCCCUAGGCAAAGCCCAAACUCUGCCAACGGUUCUGAAAGUGACUCCAGUCGCGUGCGAAUUACUAUACCGAUCAAGGCUCCAACGGCGGAGCCGCCUGGCCACAAACGGAAGAAACGACAGUCCCCCAAAAAUGCUGUUGACAAGAGCAUCCCAGAGAAAGCCCCACCUUCCGGACACCCUGUGAGCAGUGAUGUAGCCAGCAGGAUUAACUCACAAACAGAGGUAUGCAAGAAAGAUCUGCGAGUCACAAAGCAAGGAAAAGCUACUGAAAGCGAGCCAUCAUUAGUGCCAGUAGAAAACAAUGUCGCUCAUAAAUCUCCUGCAACCAAUGCCACCAGGCUCCGAAAGUCCACAACUGUGACCCCUGCUUCAAUGACCAUUGAUACUCCUGCACUCAGCAAACAGCCAGAGGUUCAACAUCCAAAGUUUGCCGCCAAACGAAGAUGGACUUGCAGCAAACCUAAGAGUAUGCUCCGGGAACCUCCUCUAGGCCCCUCUGAGAAAUUGAUGGUAGAACCUCCAUCAGCCUAUCCCAUAACUCCGUCUAGUCCUCUGUAUACCAAUACAGACAGUCUUACUGUGAUUACUCCCAUCAAGAAGAAGAGGGGGCGACCGAAGAAGCAGCCUUUGCUCACCGUCGAAACCAUCCACGAAGGAACAUCCACCAGCCCGGUCAGUCCAAUCAACCGAGAAUUUCCUGGUACGAAAAAAAGGAAGAGGAGACGAAACUUGGCCAAGUUGGCCCAGAUGGCUCCGGGAGAAGAUAAAUCUAUCAGCGAGCUGAAAUUUCACAAAAAGGUUGGCAAGCUCGGCGUGUUGGAUAAGAAAACCAUUAAGACCAUUAACAAAAUGAAGACCCUCAAGAGGAAGAAUCUUUUGAGCCAGAUCUUAUCCUGCUCUAGCAACAUAGCUUUGAAAAUGAAAACACAGCCACCCGCUAGUAUGGGGGCUCCGACCAUUGAUGCCCGACUAGGGAAGCAGAUAAAUGUGAGCAAGAGGGGGACAAUCUAUAUUGGCAAGAAAAGGGGAAGAAAGCCACGGUCUGAGUUGCAGCCCCCGUUGGAAGAACCGAAGACAGCCAUCAAACAUUUGAGGCCUGUUUCCAGCCAGCCAGAUAACCCAGCAGUGCCUUCCCACUUGCAUUCACUUGUGGCGCCAUCACCAGCAGCUGUUCAUCCGCUUUCGACGCAGUUAGUGGGGUCUAACGGCAACCUUAGCCCUGCCAGCACUGAAACGAAUUUUUCAGAAUUGAAAACUAUGCCAAAUCUACAGCCCAUCAGCGCUCUUCCCACAAAAACUCAGAAAGGAAUACACAGCGGGACUUGGAAAUUGUCCCCACCCAGGCUAAUGGCAAAUUCUCCUUCCCACCUUUGUGAUAUAGGUUCCCUGAAGGAAGUCACGCUCUCCCCAGUAAGCGAAUCCCACAGCGAGGAAACCAUACCAAGCGAUAGUGGGAUUGGAACUGACAACAACAGUACUUCUGACCAAGCAGAGAAGACCUCAGAAUCCCGCAGGAGGUACUCAUUCGAUUUCUGUAGCCUGGACAAUCCAGAGGCGAUUCAGUCAGACACCAGCACUAAGAACAGACACAGCCACCGGCAGAAGCAUCUCAUUGUUGAUAACUUUCUCUCUCACGAGACCAUGAAAAAACCAAAGCACAAGAGGAAGAGGAAAAACCUGCAGAACAGAGACGACCUCCAGUUUCUCGCAGACCUGGAAGAGCUCAUCAGCAAGUUCCAAUUGUUCAGGAUUUCCCACAGGAGCUACACGUUUUAUCACGAAAAUCCUUACCCCAGCAUUUUCAGGAUUAACUUUGAUCAUUAUUACCCUGUGCCAUAUAUCCAGUACGACCCAUUGCUGUAUCUUCGCAGGACCUCCGACCUGAAGUCUAAGAAGAAGCGUGGUAGACCUGCCAAAACCAAUGACACCAUGACAAAGGUGCCUUUUUUACAAGGGUUUGGUUACCCUAUUCCCAGUGGGAGUUACUAUGCACCCUAUGGAAUGCCUUACACAUCAAUGCCUAUGAUGAAUCUUGGUUACUACGGUCAGUACCCAGCUCCUUUGUACUUGUCCCACACACUCGGAGCAGCUUCUCCAUUUAUGAGGCCUACUGUGCCCCCUCCCCAGUUCCACACAAGCUCGCACAUGAAGAUGCCCAAUACUGCCAAGCAUAAAGUGAAGCAUGGCGUUCAUCUGCAGACCCCCGUUGGGAUGGGCCUUGGGGACGUGCAUUCUUCACUUACCUCUCCAAAGGUUGCGGGGCCGAGCAUGCCCAGCGGCCGACUCCACAAAAGGAAACACAAGCAUAAGCACAAACACAAGGACGAGCGGAUAUUGGGGGCACAUGAUGACCUGAGCAGUCUCUUUGCUAGCAAGUCCACUGGCUUCUCUGGCCAUUCGGUUAGCGAAAGAUUAAGUGUCUCGGAUAAAGACCUCUCUUUGCUGACGGAGAAGAGCAAGCAUAAAGAGAAACAGAAGCACCAGCAUUGCGAAACGGGGCACAAAAGUUCCAAGAGCAGCUUUGAGGUGGACACCUUGUCUACACUGUCACUCUCUGACACCCAGCAGUGGAUGCCGAGCAAGGAUAAGAGCGAUUCGGGCAAUGACCCUGCCGACUCGUGCAUGAAGAGGUACUCUGGGAAUGCUGAGAGUGGCGCAAGGUCUGAGUCUCUGGACGUGUUCGGCGAGAUCAAUUCAUUGAGUGAAAAGCGCGACAAUGAUGCAAGUGGGAGCAAACGGAGGAGUUUUGAAGGAUUCGGGACCUAUCGGGAGAAGGACCUUCAGACCUUCAGAACGAGUAGGAGGGACAGGAGUUCCUACGAUUCCUCCGCUGCUUCAGUACUCGCCAGUUCCCACCUCAAAGUGGACCAGAUUUCCCUUCAUCAUAAAAACGAGGUCUCGGCUUCUGCCGUGAUGACCCGCCGGAAACCAGCGGCUCUCGAUUGCGUCGCAAUGACCUCAACUCCAGUAUUAUCUCGCUUACCUUCAUCAACAGCAGCAGCCUCCGAAGAAGCCAUCUCGCCGUUAAAGAAACGUUUCAAGCGCCGCGAAAUCGAAGCGAUCCAGUGCGAAGUGCGUAAGAUGUGCAACUACACCAAGAUCCUCUCCACGAAAAAGAACUUGGAUCACGUCAACAAAAUCCUGAAAGCCAAGCGGCUGCAGAGACAAUCAAAGACGGGCAAUAACUUUGUCAAAAAGAGGAGAGGGCGCCCCCGCAAGCAGCCCCUCUCGUUUGACGAAGACUCCAGAGACCAAAUGCCAGUUUUGGAAAAAUGUGUCGACCUGCCAUGCAAACGAGGUCAACGAUUCACGCUGAACCCUUUAAUAUUGGAACAAGCAGCCAGUCAAGAUACGAUCGCUGCCACCAUUGAGGCCGUAAUACAUAUGGCCCGAGAGACAACGCAGCCUCCCCCUCCGCCCCCUCCACGGACAGCCAGAGUGGGAAAAAGAAAAAACAAAUCGCAGCAACAUCUGGAGGAGGAGGACAAAGUGAAAGUCAAGAGGCACCGGAAAACUAGAGGAAGCGAAAGCGAAUGUCUUCCCUAG